AUUGAAACGCAUUCACAUAUUUGAAGUGUUUUCUGUUCUGAAGUGUAACUGAACCAUUCGCUUAAUUAAAAAAUGUCGAAAUUGACGCUUUGUAUAAUGAUUGCCAUAAUCUCUACGACUAUGGUGACUGCUACUCCUAUGAAUCCGGAAAUGGUGGGAACCAUUAUAUCCACUGUUUCUCAAGUGCUCGACUCCUUGGAGCAAAAAGAUCCCUCUGGAAUGGUCAGACAAUUCCGAACCAGCAUCGCUCCUUUUAAAGAAAUGUUCCUUAACGUCAUGAGCAAAAUGUCCGGUCGUCAAAAACGUUCCAUCCACUCGGACUACGUGGCAACGAAGCUCAACGCUACCCAUUACCAGAAAGUGGAGUUCCACAAAUCUUGGGACAAAGAUGCUCAGCAGAAGCUCGAGAACUCAUGUUUGAUCAAGGAGAACGAAGUGUUCUGGCUGGACUACAUGACGAGCAUUUUGAUCGGACUUACCCAGGAAAUGAAGCGGGUCAUCGAUGGCAAGCAGGUGCCAUUCAAAAUGUCCAAGCAAGCGUACGAGCAACAGAAGCCUAAGGCAUAAAAUGGGAAUAGUUUGAUUGGUUAAUCUACGAAGUGGUAAAUGAUAGAUAUAAGUAAAUUUGCAUAUAACUUGGAAUUGUAUUAUUUUUUUCAACGAAGUUUGAGCUUAACUGAUUGGCAACAAAAACAUCAACGUCAAACUUUGUUUGUGCAGUUCUAAUUAUUUUCGAAUCACAGUCUUUAACUUUUCAAUCAUUUGCCUUAAAAUUAUCAGUUUGUGUGUUUUCUAAUAUAAUUCCUUUUGAUCGGAUUUCUUUCGUUCAUUUCCACCAUUACUUUUCACUAGAAAAUGGGUGCUAUAGUCCAAAAGUUCAUCAUGCACAGGUAUAUCGUAGAAAUGGGAUCAAUUUGAAACAUAAUUUUCCAUUUCCUAUGGCAACUCAACAUAGGAAGUUUACUUACCACAACCGCUCACAGAUGAUCAACACAGAUUGGACAGCGUUUAACUUUGCCCACUCGCUUACAGACAAUUGUUUGGUGCUGUAAAGAGAAUUGCGACUAGGAUGUUGAGAAGUAAAACAAUCAAUAAAUCAAUAAAUCAA